AUGACUUCGUAUUUUAAUCAUGCUUUGUCAAAGGGUGAUGUGGAACGUUUUAGUCGACAAAUUCUGUUGAAAAAUUUUGGAGUCGAUGGUAAAUUGUUUUCUUAAAUUUCUGACUGUCUUUAGGGCAAAUUUCUUUGAAGAACACGUCGGUCUUAGUUAUUGGGGCUGGUGGAUUAGGAUGUCCUGUUUCCGCUUACCUGGCUGCCAGUGGAAUUGGCCGUUUAGGAAUUGUUGAUCAUGAUAAAGUCUCUUUGGAUAAUCUUCAUCGACAAGUUUUACACACCGAGGAACGGGUUGGAGAAUAUAAAGUAGAAUCCAUCAAGAGAGCCCUAUGGCAGUAAGUCGAUGUUGUAAUUAUUGGAGGUUUAGAUUGAACUCAAGUCUCCGGGUUGAUGUUUAUCCUGUUCUCAUUAACAGUUCGAAUGCGAUGACUAUAGCAGAUCCUUAUAAUAUUAUUGUUGACUGUUCGGAUAACGUGGCCACAAGGUGAGAAUACUGAUCUUCGUCUAUUCGAAACCAACAGGUAUUUAGUAAACGACUUGUGUGUGCUAACCAGUAAACCUUUGGUGUCUGGCAGUGCUUUGGGAUGGGAAGGACAACUAACAGUUUACAAUAAUGGAGAGGUGAGUACUUUUAUUACUUUUUUCUACAUCAAUAGGAAUGCCCUUGCUAUCGAUGCAUUUUUCCCGAUCCCCCGCCGCCCGAAACUGUUACAAAUUGUUCUGAAGGCGGCGUUUUGGGACCAGUAACUGGAGUAAUUGGUUCAUUACAAGCGCUUGAAGUCAUAAAAGUAGCUGUUUUUGGAAAUUGUAGGUGGUCAAGACAUAUUUAUUACCUUUCCAGCAACAUAUUCGGGUAAAUUAUUCUUGUUUGAUGGGAUGGAUGGAAGAGUGAGGACGAUAUCAUUGAGAAAGAAGAAGGCUGAUUGUGUUGUUUGUGGCCACAAUCCAAGGAUAAAGGAACUGAUAGAUUAUGAACAAUUCUGUCAUAUGAGCGCCACGGAUAAGGUAGACCUAUCUUUUUUCUGAUAUUUUUAUUUUAAGGUUAAGACACUGGAUGUCCUACAACCCGAAGAUCGAGUUCAUGUUAGGGAUUUUGUAUUGAAUCAUUGGCAAAACGAUGGAGAUCGACCUCUCCUUAUCGAUGUCAGACCUCCAAAUGAAUUCAAUAUUUGUCAUCUUCCGCAUAGUACAAGUUAGAUAAUUUUUUUUUGUUUUACUUUUUUAGAUAUUCCAUUGCCAAAGCUUCUAAAAAUGGAUUUGACAGAAGUACAAGACUUGAUUAGAACGUCGCAGGACACAGUAUUCUUGUUGUGCCAUCGAGGGAACGACUCUCAACUGGCGGUGAAAUUCUUAAAUGAGAUGACAAAAGAAAAGAAAUUCAAGGAUAUAAUUGGAGGAUUACAAGACUGGGCAGAUCAGGUCGAUAGGGGGUUUCCAACUUAUUAAUCAAUAUUGUUAUUGUUAAUUGAUCAUAAAUUGUUGAACUUGAUGGUAACUCUAAAUCAUAAUGGUUCUGACACUUAGUAUACUUGCACUUCCCAGAUAAAAUUUUUUUUUAUGUAUUUAGGAUGGCGGUUGAAGAGUCCGUUGGAUUUGCGGUUUAUCCUUUAUCCGGAUGUCCCCAUGAUGAUACGGUAGCCCCGGUGCCGGAGGGAUUUGAUCCAAAGGGACCUUGUGAAACAUGUGCCGAUUCCGAGGAGAAUUGGAUUUGUUUGACUUGUUACAAGGUAGUAUUUUUUUAAUUGAUAUGAAACUUUCCUAGAUAUUUUGUGGCCGUCAUCGACUAGGCCAUGGCGUAGAACAUUUCCAGACAUCCAACCAUUCUCUGUCUCUCAGCUACUCAGAUCUCUCGAUUUGGUGUCAUUCUUGUGAUUCUUAUGUGAGUAACUCUAAAUUUUAUGACGCCAAGAACUUUGUUGAGAACGUCAAAUUCCCUCAAUCUACAUACAUAAAAUCUAAUUGA